AUGUGUGCGAGUGAAGCAUCGCAUGACCCCUCGCUCCGCUGGGCGGACGAACUGGAUAACUCGGAUUCCGACCUCGAUGGCGCCCUUGAGGUUGAAAUGAAACCUACCCCUCUGAGGGAGCCGUUGAUCAACGCUCGUCAGUGGAGCUCGCCGACGACAGAGCGCCAGCCGAAAAGCGUCGAGUGCCACCGUGCGGAUUUCCUCGCUGACGACCUGAGCGACUCUCGCGACGGCUUCAAUCGCCGCAUGUCGCGAAACCAGAGAAAGAAUAACGCCCGUAAAGACAGAUUCGAUAGCGACUCCCAAGAUGAUUUCAGUUGGCGCUGCUCGUCGGGCUCGAUGCGAGGCAGCGGGAGCAGUUCGUUCACCAUGAAUUCCAAGAGAGAUGGUAAGUGGAUAUAA